GGCGGAGGAAAAGAAGGAUGUGUGACCAUUUCUGAUGAUGCAAUGGUCAAUGGGCAAUGGCAUGAUUGGCCCUGUAUCACGGAGCAUGCAUUUUUGUGUUAUGAUGUUGAGUCACGUGGCUGUUAACCCGUAACUUGGUCUGAACUAUGGUGCAUUUAAAUGCUUUAACUAUUCAUGUCUUUCACAUUGUUGUUGUGGUGUUGUUUCGGAAGACAUUAACACACACGAAGCAUAAGGAACAGAGAACGUAGUUUACUCAGUCUCUUAACUUCAUACAGUACAUUCAACACGACACUACCGCUAGUACUAGCGCCCCUAGUGUCUGUACUUGCAAGUGCAUAUAAUACAAUACUACAACAGUGAAUGCAUAGAACAAUGCAAUAUAUCAGUGGACACAACAAUUGUGUUGAAGCAGAAUUCAAAUAAUAAUUUGCCAAGUUAAAGAAACAUUUUCUAUCUACUAUACAUCUAUAUUUCAACUACACAUGUGCCUUUUACAGGAAGACCCAAUACCACAGAGAAAUACAAACUGAUAACUCAGAAAAUGUCUUGGCGAUUAGCUCAGCUCUACUGCCGAGACAAUCACACAGACCUGGCCAGCGUCACAAACCUGGAGGAGAAUCAGCACUUGUAUGAGAUUUCAAAGAAUCAACCUGUUUGGAUCGGUCUUUUCAGAGACUCCUGGACGUGGUCAGAUGGGGCCAACUCCUCUUUCCGAUUAUGGUACUCAGGGGAACCUGACAACUAUGGAGGAAUCGAGAACUGUUCAAUGAUAAGGCAUACUGAGGACUUGUGGGGAGUUAACAAAUGUGCUAAUCAUUAUCCUUUCUUAUGCUAUAAGGAGCUCAAUGUACAGAAUAAGAGUACCAUGAAAGUGAAGCUGAAAUUUGACUCUCCCAUCGAUAUGGAGGAUCCUGUAGUGCAGGCAGCCAUUUUACAGCAGAUACAUAAACAACUGCAAGAGAGAGGGCUGCCUUCAGACACGAAAGUAACUUGGAAGAAGCAGAUAGAUGGCAAGGUGUUCCACAAGGAAUAAAGAGACGAAGACGAAGAAGAGGGAUGAACUUGUCUGAAUCCUGUCCAGAUCCUGCAACAAUAAGACUAAUAAGUAACAUUAACAAAUAAACCAGCACAGUAGCAGUAGCACAUAGUAAUAUUAGCAAAUAAACCAGCCACACACACACAUAGUGUUUUCCUUAGUAUAUCUAUUUUUAUUAUAUUGUUUUCAUAUAGUCACAGUUGACCUUUUUCUGCUAAAUGACUAAAUCUAAAUCUGAAAUCUAAAAUCGGAACAUUAACAAAUAAACCAGCACAGUAGCAGUGGCACAUAGUAACAUUAACAAAUAAAACACACACACACAUAGUGUUUCCCAUAUCUAUUUUUAUUAUACUGUUUCAUAUAGUCACAGCUGAUCUUUUUGUGGAGGUAUGUCCAAUGUGUUUUCUAGACUUGAAUUCAUUCGAUUUUCUUUGAUUCGCCAUGGACAAAGGAAAACAUUGCAAAACAUGUACUUUAUUUUACUGCUUAGUUGAUAUUCUGUUUAAUUGUACAGACUUUCUUUUUAAAAUACUUGUAGAGUUUGUAUGUUCAUGCAACUUAGCUCCAAAGCAGCUUAUGUUUGAAUGCAUUUUAAUUGAAAUAAAGUCGGACAGCCUUAAUCGUUCUCACUUUGAUGCUUUUUGAUUUUGAAGACAGGCAGGGUCCUAUUCUAGCAAAACUCAUCAUGAUAUAACAUACAUUUACCCUGGUAAAUCGUUACUGUAAAAAAAAAACGUGCAAUCAGAUUUAAAAAAUGUAUGCAUUAGUAAUGGACCAUGUUACUUCACACUCCAAGUGUGGUAUCUCAGUAUAGUUUGUCACCACCCCCCUCUCCCCCACACACACAUAAAUAAAAAAAAAAUCAUGAACAUUGUCCAUUCAGGACUGGUUGCUUUGUCUUUCACAGUUGUUUGAAAAGAGGGAAACCUGAUCAUUAUGUCAAGAGCAUUGGUCUUCAAUUAGGUUCACAUGACAAGUUGCCAUGUCUCGCCCUUGGGACCUUCCACAGUAUUACCAGGCACCACAAUUUAUUUUUAAGGAAAUCACAUCAGCAGUUAUUAGCCAAAACACAUUUCUGCCUAUGACAGA